AAAAAAACAAUAAUCAGUUGCUAUGAUCAAUUACCUAUAGCAACUAUAAUCCAAUUCUAUCUCAUGGGUCGAAGAUUUUCCUUCCAUACUAAGCAAUUCUCCACAUUUUAUGAAGCCAACAGCAUCGCAGGCAAAUAUGGAGAGUUAUCGCUUGGAAACUAAAGAUACCAAGUAUCAUAAAUGUGAUCUAGAGUUAGAAGCCUUUGAUAUUGUCUCAAAAUUUGUCGAGGGUGGCCCUUUUGUCUUGCUGAGGCGAAAAUUAAAAAGAUACACAAUGAUAAGCGAUAAACAUCCCCAGACCACAGCUUAUGCUCCAUCUAUAAACCGAAUCAGGCAAGAAGAAAAAUCGCACCUAAUAUUGCACUAUUACAUGAUUCAUCCACUAAGCAUGUUGAGUCUGCAUUUUGAGUUGCUCGUUUCGUUCAUGUUUUUAUGUCACUAUAUGAUUGCCCCAUUGAUAUUCACCGCUGCCACGGCGAGGAUCAAGACGGGUUUGAUGAUACCUAUCAAUAUACUGUACCUACUAAUAAUUGUGUACAAUUUUAUGACUGGUUACUAUAACAGAAGCCAAAACAGCAUAUCUAUGGAAUGGAGCGUAGUUGCGAAACAUUACAUAACUACGUAUUUUUUUAUUGACCUUUUAUCGUUCCCGAUGGAUGUAAUAAGAUGGGCAGGAGUUUUAAUUGACGAUGUCGUGAUGAAUAUGUAUAUUGCACCAUUACUUAUUAUUUUACGUUAUGGCAGAUUCAUCUGGAUUUCACAAGUUUUACGAAGAUAUCGCAAAUAUAUCGGCAUAAGUUCGUUCGCGUUUAAUUUUUUCCAAAUGAUGCUAAACUUUGUGGUGGGACUUGAACUGGCAAUUUUUAUUCUCUAUAAAAUAAUGACUAAUGUAAGAGAGUAUCACGUGAGAAAUUUCCUCCACCACGCUAUAGCCACAUUGAAAAUGAUUUUCAUGGUCAGUUAUGGUCAGAAUAUCAGUCGAGAACUUUCCAUUAUAUUCAUUCUACUUGGAUUUAUGUUUCAUUUAAUGGUACUUGUUCAGACAAGAGAUUUGUGGUUCAGAUUUUUCUCCGAAGAAAACCAGCAAACCAAUAUUUACCGAUCGGUCGAUGCUUAUAUGCACUACAGGGCUUUGCCCACACCUUUACGUAAGAGAAUUCACCACUAUAUGGAGUUUAAAUACCAAAGGCACUUCUACAAGGAUUCAGUUAUUCGUAGAACAUCUUCGUCGUUUUUGAGAAAGGAAAUUCUGCUUGCAGCGACAAAAGAAAGUAUUCAAAAAGUUGACAUGUUUAGUAAGAUGCCCGCCGAUUUGUUAAAGCAAGUCCGGUCUAUUCUUGUUCAAGAAAUAUUUUUACCGGGGGAUGUUAUUAUUAGAGCUGGAACACCAGGACGUUGUAUGUUUUUCCUUCUAUAUGGCACCGUUGAAGUGACAAAUGCUGAAGGUGAUACAAUUUGCUAUCUGAGAGAUGGUACUCAUUUUGGCGAAGUUGCAUUAGUAAUCAAAAUAGCCAGGGUGGCAACCGUAACAGCAGUAACGGCCUGCGAACUUUUCAAACUGGAAAGGAAAAACUUUACGGAUGUUGUCUCGAAAUAUCCGAAAUUGUGGCGGCACAUUGAAAAAAUGGCUAUCGAAAGGAUUGCCGAACAGAUGCAGACAUCGACAACUGUCUUAACUACUCAGUUAGGGUCUUUGAUCAGCAACGAAAACCUGAGCACUGGGGAUUAGACCAGGAAGUAGCUGGUUGAAGAUCGUUUUCGGAAGAGUUCAAAUGUGGUUUUUACUGUUACAAGUGUUUAAUAAUAUCUUUGUUUAACAUAAAAAUAAAUGUUUUAAAAAAGA